AUGUUCCAAAACACGCUCCAAAUCCCCCAUCGCACGAUUCUCUACUGGUUAGAUAAGGGAAAGGACGGAAUGAUAAGAUCAACCAAAUACUCACCAAUGCAAGAAAGAACCAAAGGGAAAAAUGCACAUGACAAGGAGAGAGUUCGCUUGGCUAAUAUCUUUGUCGAUCAAUUGGAUAAUGUCCCGUCACAUUACUGUCGAAAGUCGUCAACAAAGAAAUACCUUUGGCCAUAUGACUUCAAAAGUGCACAGGAUGUGUAUACUAACUAUCGCAAGUGGAUUGAAGAAAAUCACAACAACAGUCAACCGCUGUCAGCAACGACCUUCAAAAGUAUUUUAAAGGAAGAGAAUAUUGAAAUUUGGCAACCUAAAAAGGACCAAUGUGACACUUGUAUCAGCUAUAACCAAGGUAAUAUAUCCGAAGAAACUUACAUGGCGCACAUUGAUCUCAAGAACAAAGCAAGACAAGAAAAGGAAAACGACAAAGAUGAAGCAUCGAAAUCAAGCAACAAAAUAGUUAUGAUAACAGUAGACGUACAAGCAGUACAAACGAUCCCCAAGAUGCAAGCUAGCUGUCUCUAUUUUAAAACAAGGCUGAAUGUUCACAACUAUACAAUAUAUACCAACGUUACACAAGAUGUUGUAUGUUAUGUCUGGCCUGAAACGAGCGGUGGUCUAGUAGCGAGUAUUUUUGUCUCUUGUCUUCUAUCAUACUUUGAUGAUUUGCUAAGAAAAUAUCCGGAUUUAGAGAAAAUUAUCAUGUGGAGUGAUGGUUGUGGAGCCCAGAACAGAAACGCAACUUUGCUUUCUGCUGUUUCUUCAUGGGCACAGUCACACAAAAAGGAAGUCCUUGUUAAAUACCUAGAAAAAGGCCACACUCAAAUGGAAGUCGAUUCUGUCCAUGCGAAAAUCGAAAGCAAACAAAAGAAUGUAGAUCUUGAAACUCCAGCAGUUUAUUGUCACAUUGUGAAAGAAGCAAUGCGUCACCCAUGUUCCUUCAAAUGCAACUACUUGGAGUAUGAUUUCUUCAAAGAUUUUGAAGCAACACAGGCAUAUGAGUCAAUUCGACCUGGAAAUAAGUGGGGGGAUCCAUGUGUUGUUGACAUCAAGGAAUUUCAGUGUAACUCUGACGGAUCAAUUAAAUAUAAGUUAGAUCAUGAGCAAAACAGUCCAUUCAAGUUGCUGCCACAUUGA